ACCGCUCUUAUUCACGCUCUUACUCGUGACGCUGAUCAAGUUUACGACCUCUGUGAUCCAGAUAAACGGGAAUGCUUUUGCCUCUAUGGACUUUCGGAUAAGACUUGGGAAGUAACUGCGCCAGAAGAGCUAGUUCCGACGGAGUUACCUGAGCCAGUUCUUGGAAUCAAUUUUGGUAAGGAGGGCAUGGACCGCACGAAGUGGCUUUAUCUUGUUGCCAUUCAUAGUGAUUCGUGGUUGCUUGCUGUGGCCUUUUACAAUGGAUUUAGUCUUGACUGCGAUCAAAGGAAACAUUUAUUUAAUUUGAUGAAUGAUCUUCCCACCGUUGCUGAAGUUGUGGCUGAUCACUGGAAACUAGAUGAUGAGGACAAGUCCACCGAGGAUAGUAGAACCAACACUCGAGAAAUAACUGAUGUUAGUGUUCAAAAGUUUGCUGGUUUUGCAUUUCAGAGGUUUCAUUUGAUUGAAGAUGAAGAGGAUGAAGAUGAGGAGGAUGAAGAUGAAGGGGAUGAAAAUGAGGGGGACGGAGAGGAGGAGGUUGAAGAUGAGGUUUCUUGUGUUGUGCAAGUUGAAAACAACCCAAAGUUUGCAGAUGAAGAUGAUCAGAAUGCAACAUAUCCAUUAAGGAAAUUGUCCAUCAUGCAGCCUGAGGAUGAAGAUAAGCACAAUGAAAAUGAAAUACUUUGUGAAGGCUGGGGUGCAAAUUAUGAUGGGGGACUGUGA